GCUACUGCCGCCGCCAUGCCUCGCCCGGGGCUGAGGGAAAAGGGCGGGGAAGCCGCGGGUUCCGCUUCCGGGCCGGCAUUUUCCCUGCGUCCGAGGCGGGAAAUGGCGGCUGGCACGGCAACGCCGUUGUUGCCGCCGCCGCCGCCGCCACCGCCGGGGGAGGCGGGCGCGGGGCCGCCGCUCAGCCCGGCCACCGCUGCUGCUACUGCCGCCGCUGCUGCCGGCGGCGCCCAGCGGGACCCGCGGGUGCGGUGCUGCUCCCGUCGCGGCCUGGGCGAGGUGAUGGCGCUCUGCGCGCCCUUCGUGCGGGCCCUGGCCCAGGGGCAGCUGGGUGGAGCCGCCGCGGGGGACGCGCUCUGGAACUUCGAAACAGCAGUGCGGGAGAACGUUACCAUUAAUGGGCAGCCCUGGGAGGAGAAUUCGGAUCUCUCCGAGCUCCAGAGCGGUUCCAACAUCAAAAUUCUCGAAGAUCAAUUUGAUGAACUCAUAGUAGAGACAGCAACAAAGCGUAAGCAGUGGCCUAAAAAGAUACUGAUGCAUGCUAUCCAAACCAUGAAAGCAGAGCAAGAGAUGUUGAAGCUCUACCAGCCUUUUGUAACACCAGAAGAGAUAACAUCACAGCCUUCUCAAGAUGCUUACAUCGCAGAUCUGAAGCAGGUGACAGAAAUGACAUCCAAACAGAUCAGUGGAGUAAUGAAGUCUCUCCCAGCGCUAAUAGAAAGAGCAGAAGGUUUUUCCCAAGCGUUAACUUGGCAACCAACCUUGGAACUCUGCAAGCUGCGGCAAGAAGUCUUUGCUGGUUGCAAGGCAAAGAAGGAAAAUAAUGUCCAAAAUUUCAUACCACCAGGAGAAGUCACACCAACAGAUGCUGAUACCAGUAAAAAUCCUUGUGUUAUGCUAAAAAGAAAAAAAGCUGCAGAUUCACCAGAAAGAAGGCGCUACCCACUUCGACGGAGGAAGAUUGCUCUCAGCGCAUGAAUUUCUCAUUUAGUAUUUUCAGAUUGGAAUCUCAGUUGUACUCCUGUUCAGUGUGCUCAGCCUUUUUUCUUAAGACUUUGUCUGAUCUCUGAUUCAGUGCUAUGCGUGGGAGUUUCCUUAUUUAGUAAAUUGAUCCUUUUAAAUAUUUAUAUUUUUACUGUCACACUGAUGGCAUAUGAAAGCCAUACCAGUAGUAUCCAAUAUCCAGCAAGUAUAUUUGCCAAUUAACUCUUUUUUUCCUCUUUUUUUACAGCAUUUAGCUUGAGUCCUCAUGCUUCAAGGAGUUUGUGCACGUGCUUUGUGUACAUGGGCAGUCGUUUAGUAAACCACUAAGUGCUCAUUUAUAUUAAGCACGUCUCUAAAGAGGUUGGAGAAUGUCUAGUUCUCCUAAUGCGCAUUCAUUUAUUACUGAGUUGGGUGGCUAUCCUUUUAAUAAAUAAAUUAAAAAGAAAUUCACACCGAAGCAUAUCAAAAACACCAGAUUUGAUACGAUGUUAACAGUUUUUAGAAAAUCCACGCACAAAUGUGACCUUGGUCCCUGCUAUUCCACCUUUCCUGAGUUUAGCUCAGCUGGGCUUAUUUACAGUCACACUUGUUUGAACUUGGAUUUUUAGUGAUUAUAUGUAUUUACUUGCAGUGUGCUCUUCCAAACAAGGAUUUGACCAUCCACAUCUUACCACCUGAUAUUUCAUUUCAUGUAAUCCAAUUAUGCAGUCUGGGGGUUUCCUAGACAAUAUUUCUACACAUUACAUGAUCUUGACUUGGGUCAUGUAUAUAUUUGUGAUGUUUGACUAAAGAUCAGUACAGGCUACCAGUAAGUGGUAUUAAGGUGAGCUAGUGUACCUUUUUUUUUCUUUAAUUUAUGCAUUAGUACCUAGAAAAUUGCACAGUAGUACUAAGUUGAGCAUUGUGCCUUAACUGCUCAUGACUUUUGCUGUUUUAUGACUGCAUGUGCUUGCAGUAAAUACUCAUGUCUAAUAUGUAAUUAUUUCUCACACAGCAGAGAAGGAAGGAUUUUUUUAGAAUUUAUUAAUGAAAUUUACGUAAGAAGAUAGGUCCAACCUAAUAAGUCUUAAAAGAAACUGAAAAUUUUUGGAAAAUGUGUGACAGAUUUUAGCAUCAUUUAUUUUGUAAAGGUGAGCAUCUGUACUAAUGCUCUGUAUAUUUAAUCGUAUGUAAAUAUUUGCUUCCUGUUGUUCUUGUAUAUACAAAUGUGUGUUUUUAUACAAAGUAAAUCAAUUAAGGAAGA